GAGAGAAGGUCUCGCGAGAGUGGAAGCAAGUCCCGCGAGUUUUAAGAGUUGCUUGUUUUUGCCUAGCGACCGGCCGCGGACCACAGGCGGGUCUCUCGGAGUGGAGCCCCUGGAGCGGCCUGGUGAGGGUUGGAGAGACCCCAGCCGCAGGCCGGGGUUCCUUCCAGACAGAGGAGACGGAUUCAGCGGGGCUCCAGACCAAGAUUGUUGAAAACCAGACAUAUGAUGAGCGUCUAGAGAUUAACGACUCUGAAGAGGUUGCAAGUAUUUAUACUCCAACCCCAAGAUACAGAGGACCUCCUCGUUCUGCCCGUCUUCCAAACAAGACGAUGGCCGACAACAGCAGCGACGAGUACGAAGAGGAGAACAACAAGGAGAAGAAGAAGACCUUGCAGCUGACGCCUCAGCAAGGCUUUAGUGAAAACGACGACGAUGAUGAUGACUCAUCAGAAACGGAUUCAGAUGAAGAUGAUGACGAUGAAGAGCACGGAGCCCCCCUAGAAGGGGCCUACGAUCCUGCAGACUACGAGCAUCUGCCAGUUUCUGCCGAGGUGAAAGAACUCUUCCAGUAUAUAAGUAGGUAUACACCUCAGCUGAUUGACCUGGAUCACAAACUGAAACCUUUCAUUCCUGAUUUUAUCCCAGCUGUUGGGGAUAUUGAUGCAUUCUUAAAGGUCCCACGUCCUGAUGGGAAGCCUGACAACCUUGGCCUGUUGGUAUUAGAUGAGCCGUCUACAAAGCAGUCAGACCCUACAGUGCUCUCCCUCUGGUUAACGGAGAAUUCCAAACAGCACAACAUCACACAACACGUGAAAGUAAAGAGCCUGGACGAUGCAGAGAAGAAUCCCAAAGCCAUUGACACAUGGAUUGGGAGCAUCUCUGAGUUACAUCGCUCUAAGCCCCCUGCCACUGUCCACUAUACCAGACCCAUGCCUGAUAUUGACACGCUGAUGCAGGAAUGGUCCCCAGAGUUUGAGGAGCUUUUGGGCAAGGUGAGCCUGCCCACGGCAGAGAUCGACUGCAGCCUGGCAGCGUACAUCGACAUGAUCUGCGCCAUCCUAGACAUUCCUAUCUACAAGAGUCGGAUCCAGUCUCUCCACCUGCUCUUUUCCCUCUACUCGGAAUUCAAGAACUCGCAGCAUUUUAAAGCUCUAGCUGAAGGCAAGAAAGCGUUCACCCCUCCAUCCAAGUCCACCUCCCAGGCCGGAGACGCAGAGACAAUAACCUUCAGCUGAGGCACCGCCCCACUUGGUCUCAAGGCUGAGCCGCUCCUCCAGCCCAGCGGAGGGCGCUGUUGUCAGCCCCCUGUCUCCUGGCCUGUGCCACCUGGGCUGGGGCCUGCGCCCUGCCACCCUCCCUGGCAGAAAGCCCUGCACACACUCGCUUCCUUCCUGUGGGAUGCUUGUACCUCUACCACCAGCGGGGUUUGAUUAGACAGACGGCCAUUUCUGGGACCCUGAGAUGCUCAGGUUAGAAGAAAAGUUUAAAAGAUGUUCUUACAGCAAUCAAAUCAUUCUCUUUCAUUCUUAAGUGAGUUGGCAAAGAUUUUGCAAAUAAAAUGCUCUUAUCUUUCAGGUUAUCCUGCUGUUCUAUCUAUAAGAUGAGAAAGAAAAGGCAGACUGAGCAUAAAGCAGAGGGAUAAAGAAUUUGGCUUCCUGACAGGCUUUCAGUGAAUAAUAGUUUAAGCAAAACAACUUUGUGGAAUAAAAGCAGACACCAGUCUUCCAAGCGUGGCAGUGAGGGGGGCCCCAUUUUCCUCCCAGAACUCAUUUUUCUGUGGGUCUCUCUCCAGGGACUGCGCUGCCCGGGCCCGCCUGCCUGUCGGGCUCCGGGCCUGCGGCUGUGCCGGAGCCCCGCUGAGCCGGAGCCCAGGGAGAGCGCUUGCCUGGAGUUAGGGUGGAGCUGUGGCAUAGUGCCUGGGUAGAUUUGGGAAAUAUUUGGGGGUUAUAUCCCCCAAGCUCCAGCCUGGAAGUCAGAAAACAUGCUAGUUACUUCCAACAAAGGGUG